GACACAAUUGCCUCAGAAAUCGGAGAACUGAAACAGGAGAUGGUACAGACAGAUCUCACAGUGGAAGAUGAAUCUGCUGAUUUGCAAAGCCUAGUAAAGGACAUGGAUAAUAUCUCUCCUGAGAAAAAUGAUGUAAAAAGCUGCCCCCGGGACUCUGGAUAUGACAGCCUAUCCAACAAGCUAAGCAUAUUGGACAAGCUCCUCCAUACUCACCCUGUGUGGCUGCAGCUUGGUCUGAAUGAUGCUGAAGCCAUGGAAAUUCUGCAGGCCCAGCCUCCUGGGAUAUUUCUGGUUAGGAAAUCUGCAAGACUGCAGAAGAAAGUCAUCUCUCUGCGUCUGCCUGGUGACUGUGGGUCCUGCCUAAAAGAAUUUGCAAUAAAAGAAAGCAUAUACACAUUUUCCUUGGAGGGAUCUGGAAUAAGUUUUGCUGAUUUAUUCAGGCUCAUUGCUUUCUACUGUAUUAGCAGGGAUGUCCUUCCAUUCACCCUGAAGCUGCCUCAUGCUAUUGCUGCAGCAAAGACAGAAGCUGAACUUGAAGAGCUGGCUCAGCUUGGACUGAACUUUUGGAGCUCCCCGGCUAACAGCAACCCCCCAGAUCCUUCACCUCCUCGUAGGCCUGUGCCUUUGGACAGUGCUUGUAAAGACUCGCGUCAGCUCUGCCUUAUAAAUGGAGUGCAUUCUAUACGAACCAGAACGCCUUCGGAGCUGGAGUGCAGCCAGACCAACGGAGCGCUGUGUUUCAUUAAUCCCCUCUUCUUAAAAGUGCACAGCCAGGAUGUCAGUGGAAGUCUGAAAAGGCAGAGCCCGAGAACUCAAGACGUGAAUGGCACAGCGAGGCCUCGCUCCCCCCCACCCCGGCCGCCACCUCCUUCUAUUAAUAGCAUCCUCACGAGUCCGCAGCUUUCCAGGACUAUAAAGCAGGCGAGCAUGCCAGAAACAGUCAACCAUAAGAAAGGGAGAGGCUUGGAUUUGCUGCAGAAUAAACCAACCCCUAUUCCGCCUCCGCGGCUGAAGAAGCAGGCUGUUUGCUCGGAGGUGGAAGGUAGCUCAAAGACCGCAGUGGUAAUUCGACCUGGAUGCAGCUCGGCGCGUCUGCCCGAAGCUGCUGGCGUUCCAGGUGAAACCCUGCCCGAGCCGGCUCCAGCGGGUGCCAAAAAGACCGUAGCUACCAGCUCUGAGUCACACAUACCGUGGAAUGGAGGCAGGCAGAGACUGAGCGACAUGAGCAUUUCCACCUCCUCGUCCGACUCGCUGGACUUCGACCGGAGCAUGCCGCUGUUUGGCUAUGAGGGGGACACUAACAGCAGCCUGGAGGAUUUUGAGGGGGAAAGCGACCAAGAGAGCAUGGCACCCCCUUUGAAGCCCAAGAAGAAAAGAAACAGUUCAUUUGUUCUCCCCAAGAUUGUGAAAUCUCAGCUACGGAAAGUCAGUGGAGUUUUCAGUUCCUUCAUGACCCCUGAAAAGAGGAUGAUAAAGAAAAUUGCAGAGAUGUCCCAGGACAAACGCACUUAUUUUGGAUGCCUAGUGCAGGACUAUGUCAGCUUUCUCCAGGAAAACAAGGAGUGCCAUGUUUCGAGCACUGAUAUGCUGCAAACAAUUCGGCAGUUCAUGACCCAAGUCAAAAACUAUUUGUCCCAAAGCUCCGAACUUGAUCCUCCGAUUGAAUCGUUGAUUCCUGAGGACCAAAUAGAUGUUGUCCUGGAGAAGGCCAUGCAUAAGUGCAUUCUGAAGCCGUUGAAGGGCCACAUUGAAGCGAUGUUGAAAGAGUUUCAUACCGCGGAUGGAUCCUGGAAACAGCUGAAGGAAAACCUGCAACUGGUGCGGCAGAGGAAUCCUCAGGAACUGGGCGUGUUUGUUCCAACACCAGAUUUUGUGGAUGUUGAAAAGAUUAAAGUCAAGUUCAUGACCAUGCAGAAAAUGUACUCACCUGAAAAGAAAGUCAUGCUGCUGCUGCGAGUUUGCAAAUUGAUUUACACUGUUAUGGAGAAUAACUCAGGGAGGCUGUAUGGAGCUGAUGACUUCUUGCCUGUGCUGACGUAUGUACUAGCCCAGUGUGAUAUGCUGGAGCUGGAUACUGAAAUUGAAUACAUGAUGGAAUUGCUGGAUCCAUCUUUGUUACACGGAGAAGGAGGCUAUUACUUGACAAGCGCUUAUGGAGCACUUUCACUGAUCAAGAACUUCCAGGAAGAACAAGCUGCCCGACUGCUAAGUUCAGAAGCCAGAGAUACUCUCCGGCAAUGGCACAAGAGGAGGACAACUAAUAGGACGAUACCUUCAGUAGAUGAUUUUCAGAACUACCUUCGUGUUGCGUUCCAGGAAGUUAACAGUGGAUGUACAGGAAAGACCUUACUAGUAAGACCAUAUAUCACUACCGAAGAUGUAUGUCAGCUUUGUGCUGAAAAGUUUAAAGUGGACAAUCCAGAAGAAUAUAGCCUGUUUCUUUUUGUUGACGACACCUGGCAGCAACUGACAGAGGAUACCUACCCUCAGAAAAUUAAGGCAGAGUUGCACAGCCGUCCGCAACCCCAGGUCUUUCAUUUUGUCUACAAGCGCAUUAACAGUGAUCCAUACGGUGCCAUUUUUCAAAACAACGAUGACUCGGCUUCUUAAAACCAGCAACUCAUCGUUUAAUUUCUGUUUCUUUUGUUAACUGUUGAAAACAUCUUUGUUGGCUGCCUUUCUUAGGAGCUAAGACAGGUCUUAAACCAUAAAUGCCUAGCAAAACACACUCAGACACUUCUAGCAUUGCUUACAAAACCCCGUGUAAACCAUGCAUAU